GGCCGUCCUGCGCACACCGCGCAGCGGCCGAAACCGAUUCAGUACGCCAUAACUCGCCCGGCUGUUCAAGUGGUUCGCUCUCGCGCGCGCAAACGAAAACGCACACACGUCGAAUCUGCUCGCACGGGCACACGAAACGUCGUUCGGUCGUCGGUUUUUUUAAAAUUGUCUUUUUCUCUGUUGGUUCCUGACCUUUGUUAUCGAAGAAAAAGUGAAAAAAAAAAUUAUAACACGUCGCGAAAAUUCGCGAGUGCGCGCCGGUUUGCUCUCGAUUGCGGUUGGAUAGACGUAGAUGGUAAUUUUUUUUUUACUCAACCGAAUUUCGUCGUGUGUUUAUGUCAUCGGUCAGUUUCGGAAGAUAAUAAUAAUAUUAUCGUAAGUACUUCUGCCUCCUAAUUCCAGCGGCAGCAGGAAACAUAUACCCUGCAAUACCGUUACCGCGGUAUUCCGUCAAACGUCGGGUCGUCUUCGAUUUCGAUUCGCGGGGUUUUUCUUUUUGAUUUUUUCCUCACAAUUUUCGCGUAAGACAUGUCGUUGACAUGACCGCGUUCCCACCAGUUCGCCGCCAACAACAAUGUCUUCUUCGUCUGGUGUCGCCGAUCCCGAACCGGACACUAUGAUACAGGACAACGUCGCCGCGGCGUACGCGCCGUCCGGUUACUCGAUAACCGAAGACUUUAAGUUACAAGCUCAUGGUUUAGACUCUCCGCACCACCAGGGGUUGUACGGGGGCCUAGGUCACUCGCCCACUUCCGGUUCGCCUUGUUCCGUGUACGCUUACCAGCCGUACCACCGAAAUUACGGCGCUGGCCAGUUCCAUCAGUCGACGGCCGCCGAAAUUCAACAGCAGCAGCAGCAGAUACCAGUGUCCCAAAUGGUGGUACCACCUUCUCUAUCGGCGCAAAAGUCUUCGGACGACGCGGCCGCCGCUUGUUGGCUACAGCAUAAUGGCGGUGGAUCGGCUUUCGAACACCACCUGCACCACCAACAGCAGCUGUCAUCGGCGUACCAGUCGCAUCACCAGCAGCGGCAGCAGGAUAACAACGGCUUGACUGGAGGUAGCCAACAGCAGCAGCAGCAGCAACAACAGACGGCCAAGAUGACGCAGCAACAGCAACAGAAGGCGGUCAAGGAGCAACGGAUCCGGAGACCCAUGAACGCGUUCAUGGUAUGGGCCAAGGUGGAGCGGAAAAAAUUGGCUGACGAAAAUCCCGACUUGCACAACGCUGACCUCAGCAAGAUGCUCGGAAAAAAAUGGCGAAGUCUGACGCCACAAGACCGUCGGCCGUACGUGGAGGAAGCUGAACGUCUGCGCGUGAUCCACAUGCAAGAACACCCCAACUACAAGUACAGGCCCAGGCGCAGGAAGCACAACAAGCAGCGGGCGGGCUCGCCGACUUCCGUGGUCGGCGUGUCGGCGGCCGUGGCGCAGAGUGGCUCCGCACACUCGCCCACGUCCCGGCGCCCAAACUCAGCGGGCCAAAUCAAGCUGGUCCAGUACCCGUCCAGCUCGCCGUACCAGAGCUCGUCGUCGUACUCGUCACCGGCCAUCCACCAGCAGCAGCCGUACGCGUACCAGCCGUACAGCCCGUCAAAGACGACGUCGCCGUACUACCCGAACAGCGAGAGUCCAUACUCGCCCGUCCGCGUGUCCGAGGUCAUCACUCCCGAGUCUUCGCCCACGUGCAGCCCCGAUCCGGACAAACCCGCCGGCCCGGCCACGGCCACCGACGAGACUGGCGGCGGUGGCGGACAGGCCCCGGACGGUGGACUGCUGCAGCAGCGGUCGGCCAGCAAAACGCCCACGCUUCCCACGCCCGAGCUGUCGCCCAUGGAACCGGCCACAGGCGCAGGCAAAGACCCGCACCACCACUCGCAUCACCAUCAACACCACGGCCACCAACACUUGCACCACCCCUAUCAUCGGACCGACGUCGUCAAGUACGAACUCGACGACUUUGGUGGCUAUUAUGGUGGUGGUGGACAGAAACAGCUGAACAACAAUAACAACCACCACCGACAAUUCAACAACAAUAACAUUCAGACGUCGUCUUAUCAACCGGCUCCCGGUUCGAUAGCGGCCAUGGGUGUGGCCAAGGGCAUGGUGAUGAUGUGCACCAAUCAGCGGUUGGCGUACGAGCACAACAACAUCGUGACCGGUACGUUUUACCCUCCGAUAGCCACAUCCCAAGACCAACAGGUUCUGGGACCCAAUUCACAACACCACCAACAACAGCAACAACAACAACAACAACAGCAGCAACAGCAGCAGCAGCCGCAUUACGCCAACAGGCCGUUCUAUUCGACAAGCGGACUUCAAGCUGCCGGAACCGCCGUUUAUACGAGCGGCCUCUCGUCGGCAGCGACCAUCGCAGCCGGCAGACCUCCAUCCGAUGGAUACCACGUUGCCGGAAGUAUACUGCAACAGCAGCAAGAAGACCACCAUCACAACUUGCAGGGCUUGCAACAGCACAGACAACAGUCGACGGGCAACGACUACCACGGAGGCGGUGGCAGCACGGGCAGAGGUGGGGGUGGAGGUGAAAUCAUUGAGAUGAGCUUCGACCAUCACCAAUCGCCGUCGGAAAUGCUGUUGGCCAACCUUCAGCGGCCCAGAUCUCAGCAAUCCGACAUCGCGGUGGACGCGUCGUCGUCCGCUGGAGGUGGCUCCGAACUUGACCGGUACUUAAAGUACAUGGCCCAACAGCCGGACAACAAUCACAACUAUCAGCAACAGCAGCAGCAGCAGCAACACAACGUCAUGUUUGCCGGCAUACAACAAUCGCACCACCAACAACAACAACAACAACACCACCACCACCAUCUACAGCAACAACAGCAGCAGCAACAACAACAGCAGCAGCAGCAGCAGCAACAGCAACAGCAACAGCAGCAGCAGCAACAGUACAGCUCUUACUACGCGCCGGCAGUGGUUCAACACAUCGUGCACCAGGACGUUCACCAUCACCACCAACAGCACCACAGUCCGUCGUAUCUGCUCAACAACUGCGGUAUAAAAAGCGAGUUCGGCGGUUACGCGACUCUGGACGGCCUACCGCCCCAACACUAUCCCGACGUGCAGAACGUCCCGGCCACGGCCAAUAUGCAGAGCGUGGCCGCGGCCGCGGCAGCCGCUGCAGCGGGACAAGUGUUGGCCGCUGGCGGUGGUGGCAAACCGGACGAGGAGUUCAGCGUCAUACUUGCGGACGUCCGAAAGACUUGCUACAGCAGUUGAGGUCGUCUGAUGAUCUGGUUGGCGGGCGUAACGGAAAACGGAAGCCGAACAAAUUCGUUUUGGUCUAAGUCCGCUUUUCGAAAAUUCGCUCGAAAUCAAACUCUACACGUUGUGUACGUGUUCUUCUGGUUGCGAUUUUUAUUAUGAUUUUCUAUUAUUACUAUUAUUAUUUUAUUUAUUUUCGCAAUCGCGUGUAAGAGCGUACACAACAUAUUAUUAUUGUGUAAUGACCAUACACCGUUUACUAAUAUAAUAUUAUAAUUAAUUAUAAUGAUGUUUGUACGUGUAUACAUGUAUAAUAUUCGAAAACCACAUAGGCUCUGUGAUUAUUCGCUUUAUCUUGGGCGACGAUGUUUUUUUAUUUUUAUUAUUAUUAUUAUUAUUAUUAUUAAUAUUUAUCUGUGUUUAUAUAAUUAUAUAUUUUUAUCAUUUUACGUAAGAGCCAAGAGUAUAGUAGAGCCAAGUGUACGUUCUGCUACAGGGCAACAAAACUCGUGUUAUCGUAAACUAUAUUUUUUAUUAUAUUAUUAUUACUUAUAGCUUUAACGCGUAUUGUAUUAUUACAGGGUUUGUUAUGAUGUGCAUAAAAUACAUCGUUUUGUGUGAUUAAAUAAUAUAAUAUAUUGUAUAGACUAUUAUUAUAAUAUAGAUGAUAUUGUAUAUAUACGUAAAACUUUACAAAGGGUUAAUUUUAAAUUCCGCUUUUCCACCGCAGUCUCCCUACGAUCUAACAACACGUCGUACAUAAUAAAUUAUAGGAGUCGUGUCACGAUAAAAUAUGAUGUGUAUCAAAUUUUCUAUAUAACUAAUUUCCAUACAUACAAUAUAAUAACAAUUUUCGGUUGUAUUGAUAUAGUUAUAUCAUUUUGUAUACCGUUCUUACCAUGCUCGUAUUAUUGGCUAUAUAUAUACUAUAAGUGUGUACCCUAUAUACGUUAUGUUCGCGCAUGUGUUGUAAUUAUAUUUUAUUCCGUUAUUCAGUGUAAUAUGUAUAAUAUGUGUAUUUUUUUUUUUUAUAUUGAAUUUUGUAGUACCUAAAUAUUAAUUAUACAUUAAAAUUGCACAUUGAAACAUUUUAUUAUUAAUU